UCAAGUGCACGCUCGUUUGUUUCUCAUAUCUACGUUUUUUUUUUUAAAUAGUGGAGAUACAUUUUGUUGUAAACUGACGAGUAUAGCGCAACCCGCAGUAUAUUGUGUUAGUAAUAACAACCUGUUACUUUAUUACCUUUCCGCGGCAGAAGAAUUCUAUUACCAUAAAGUUCGGAAGAAAGUUGGAUAUUUAAAAAUAACGACGUUAUCGAGUGGAAGUUAUCGUCAAUAAAAUGCAUAAACUAGUAGCAACUACUAUAACACCAUCACUUUUUCGGUAACUUAACCGGUUGAUUGUGUAACACUUGGAAAACGGUUGGUUAAAAACGUGUUAAUUCGUCAGAAAUGGUCGAUAAUAAGUCCGUGAUCGAAUUUCCAAUGAAAGUCGUAUGAUUCAGUGCUUUUAGAGAUGUGCCAGAGUAUAUGGUAAACUCUUGCGCAGUAGACAGUGUUUAGUGGUAUUUAGUGAAAUACAAAAUGAGUGUUCCGAAUUUGACCGUCGACCAAAUAACAGAAAUCGAAGCCGCCGAAGCUUGCAAAUGGCUGCGAGCCGCUGGCUUCCCACAAUAUGCCCAGAUGUACGAAGACCUACAAUUUCCAAUCGACGUGUCGGGUGUUCAGAACGACCACCCAUUCCUGGAUCAAGACUCACUACAAUCCCUGUUCAGACGACUUACAACACUCAACAGAUGUGCAGCCAUGAAGCUCGAACACCAUCAUAACCAUAAACGAUCCAACGACUCGGACGACGAACAGUGCGCUCUAAGCGACAAGUGGCAGUACGAGCGGAAGUCGCGUCGUUGGUCGCGCGUCGUUGAGAUCACGCCGCAAGCGCAGCGCAGGUUACAGGUGAUAGCUGCUCGAGCCUUGGCCGAGCGUGAAGCGCGCGAAGCCAGGGGUGAAGUGGAAGAUGAUGAAGACGACAGCCUGCCAACCAUCAGGGUUGGCCUCGUGGAUGCCGACGGGCACUACACGGAUGUCGAGCCAGAGUUGAAACCGCCCAAUUACAGAUUAACAGUUCCGAGUCAACUGCCUGUCAUACAAGUACCGAGCGAUAAAGAAGAUGACGACGAUACCAGCGGCACUCGUUUCCGCCGUACAGGCUCAGAGCGCCUCCGAGAUGGGGCCAAAGCUCUGCUCCGUCGAGUUGAAUCCCUUAAGACCAGGCGACGCAAACGCCAAAACCGCGCUGAAGUCAUCGUGUCGUCACCGCACUUCCUCGAUGUGCAACCCGACAAAUAUCCAGACCUAAACUUCAUUGACAUGACACCGACUACACCAACAGCAUUCCCCUUCCCAGAGUUUCCCGGCACUACUCCCAUCCAUAUCCCGCCUUCUCGCACUCAGCCCCCCUCCCCAAUGUUACCUGGCACCCCGAUUGCCCCUCUCGAGCCGUCUCCAUUUUCUCUGAACCCUCCAUUUGGUGACGACAGCUCAAGCUAUGCAUCCGACGGCAGCAUGAGUUCCAGCAAUAAGAGCACUAAAUCAAAGCUGGGCAAGGCCAAGAGAAUGUUCCAUCGAGGAUUGAAAAAUGAAGAUACGACGGCGUUGAGCGACUCAGAAUGUCAACCAGCAAGUUGGAGGCAUAAUUAUUACAAGGAUCAUCACACUACACCUCAACCCACUACCGAGGUGUACGUAGAGCCUCCAUCACCGGUAGAACUGAAGCCAGACCCUGAGGUGCUCCGUGAGGUUCAGAAGUCACCUGGUCACACGCCGCACCGACGACAGGCGAUAAGGACAAGCUCUCUCAACUUGGGAAAAGAGGGGCAAAAGUUCCGUGAUAGAAGCUUAAAGCGUGAGAAGUCUGCGUCGAGGAGCUCAGAGCUGGAGGGCAGUCCUAACUCCACCGGGUCCCACUCACAUGAUGGAGAUCAAGAUGACGACGACGACAGCGUAGACCUGAAAUCCAAGAAAAAUAACAUUCAGAGAUGGUACUCAUUCCGGACAAGCACAUUGAACGGUGGACCCAAAGCCAACAACACACUGCAGCCGACGCCAAAUAGUCAGAAGGACCCCGAGACCUACCUUUCUCGGCCAAUGUCGUCUCUUUCGUGCGGACAGCUCCAUAUUCUGAGAAAAUUGGCUUUACUGCGGCUCACAGCUUGCAUGGAACGCUACUGCCCCUCCCACAAGUCUGGCUGGAACUGGGAACUACCCAAACUCAUAAGGAAGAUCAAAACACCGGACUAUAAAGACAAGACAGUCUUCGGUGUUCCACUGACAGUAUCGCUGCAACGCACCGGCCACGCGCUACCCAAGCCCAUACAGUGCGCUCUUACCUGGCUGAAGACAAACGCUAUGGAUCAGAUGGGAAUAUUCCGGAAAGCUGGUGUGAAAUCCCGAAUAGCGAAACUGCGCACUUUGGUCGAAGCAGCUGGCGCGGCUAAUGCGCCUUUUGCUAUUGAAAACCUGAAUACCACUGAGCCUAACCAGUCUAGUCUGAGCUUCGACGGCUCUCAAGCCCAUGAUGUAGCGGACAUGGUGAAACAGUACUUUAGAGAGUUACCAGACGCUUUGCUCACUAACAAGCUAAGCGAGACUUUCAUAGCGAUUUUCCAACAUGUACCGGAACCGCUAAGGCCAGACGCUGUGCAAUGUGCACUUCUUUUGUUGCCGGAAGAACAUUUGGAGGCUUUGCACUCACUUCUUAUAUUUCUUUCUGAGGUGGCUGAGCAAUCAGAAGUGAAUCAAAUGACAGCGUCAAACUUGGCUGUUUGCUUGGCUCCGACAUUGUUGAGGCUUCACCAUGCACCGCCACAAACUGGCAGCACCAAAGAGGGGAACUCGAACAGAAUGGUGAUAGAAAGUGUGGCUGAUCAACGACAGAUCAGUGAGAGUCGAGCUGCGCAUGCGUGCCUGCUGCUCCUUAUACAGAUGCACCCGCAACUGUUUCUAGCCCCAGCCGAUAUGCUAGCACGAUGCAAAUUCAAUUACUUUGAAGAAAGCGUGCCGGUGGCACUUGAAGAAUUAGGAGCAGAUUUCAACCAAGACUGGAAGGGAUUCCAGCAAGCUUGCAUCAAAGCUUUACUAAAAGAAGCCAAAGAAAAAACACGAGGGUGGAUGUCCGUUUCGGGGGCGGCGCCCCACGUUGAACUGUGCUGCAAGAAAGUCGGUGAUGGUCAUCCGUUGAGACUAUGGCGGGCCACGACUGAUGUGGAAGCACCUCCUCAAGAAGUCAUGCAGAGAAUUCUACGGGAGCGGCACAUAUGGGACGAUUCGCUGGUAAAAUGGCGCGUCGCCGAGAAAUUGGGCCCUACCGCGGAGGUGUUCCAGUACAUAACGGCAUCGAGCAUCAACUUGCCGUCUCGAGACUACUGCGUGCUACGCUCCUGGCAGCAAGGCGGUGGCGCAGGCGGCGGCGGAUGGUGCGCAGUCGCAGAGACAUCAGUUGCUCACGGCUCCCCACCGACUGAGGGCGCCAGAGGCGUCGUUUUGGCAUCCCGAUAUCUUGCCCAGCCCGCUGGAAAAGGUCGCAGUCGACUAGUCCAUCUAGCUCGAGUCGACACCAUGGGCCGCACGCCGGAAUGGUACAACAAGUGCUACGGACACAUCUGCGCGCUCUACUUGGCAAGGAUUCGGGCCUCCUUCAAGCACAACACGGAAGGACCCGAGUCCAACGUAUGAUCCAAACAUUCCGCUUAAGCUGUGCCCACAUUGGGUACAGCUUAAGUUGGCGUUUACGAACGUCUAUCACAAGCCUCGAAUUGGCUUCGAACACUCGCGUGCAAUAGAUAAAAAUAAUAUUUGUGAGCUUUUGAAUAAGUAUGUAAAUUAAACAUUCACUUCCAUUCCGAGUCAUAAACUUAUUUUGUAUAUAAUUAUUCGCUGUUUUAAUAAGUAUCUCCGAGGUUGUUCGCACUUAUGGUACAAAAGGUAAUGUACAAAAUGAGCAAUUGUAAUGUGGCACCCUUGGGUACCGAGUUAUUAGGCCGGAUUCAUGUGAAUAAUUAAAUCGGGAGCACUGUGCGUCGAAAUAUUUAUUUAUGUGAACCCAACUAAUUGUAUAUAAUUGUGUAUACUUGCAAUUUUAAACAUGAAUUACGUACCUAUGUCAUUAUAAUCUCAAUGCACACGAGUGAAAGAUGUAAUUAUUGUAGUUAUAAAUAAGUAUAUUUUCGAAUAUUAGUUAUUAAUGUGAAAUUAUUGAUAUUAUAACAGGUGUGACCAAAAUAUUAGUGUUUUAAGAGAUGGGAUAUUAUGUAAAUAAAAUAGAACGGAGAGACCAGCGAGUUGAUAGCCUGUAAGUUAUUAGAUAAAAUAAUUGCAUAAUAUUACAUAAAUUACUUAAAAUUUUAAAAUGUUUACUACCUACCUCCGUUACUCAAGUUUUACUUUAUUCUUAAUUAUUUUAAAAUCCUGGAAAGGAUCUACCAAAAACCUGACUGUAUUGUUAAAUUAUAUGUUUAUUUAAUUAUUGACUUAUUUAUAAAACUCCUCUCAUGGUGCGUCGUUUUUUGUAAGUAUAUCUAAAUACAUCGUGGAAUAUUCAGUUCUAGAUAAGUGACAUUAUAAUAUGACAUUUUAGAUUUAUAAAGGUAAGCUAGCACCCAGCAGCACUGCAUUGCAGCGACGUUUCAUGGCAAGGGACAGCAUAAAUAUGUCGCCGUAGUGCCAUGUCUCCAAGUUUGUGACACAGUAUAGGGCCACAUGUCAAUAGAGCUUAAAAGUAUUCUUAAAAAAAUGGACACUGCACAGGAUUAAAAAGUUGAAACAGAUAUGUUUAACCAGACACAUAAUAUAAUAAGUUGUAACUAGAACCGUCAAGUCAAAAUAAGAAGUCAAAAUGGCAUGGCGUACUGUACUUUACUGCGUAGAACAGUGCUACUGGCCGUGCUUACCGAUAUCGUAAUCUCAUGAAAAAAUACUUGUGGAUUUUAAUAAUCUAUUUUACCAUACCCAUAAUUACCCUUGUAAAGUUAUCGUUACAUAUCACUAGUCAAUAUAAUAUAAUAUAUACAUAUUAAUGAUAUUCAAAUUUAAAUCAUAAUAAUUGUACCUGUCCUGUGUUCAGGAACAUAGUAUUAAAUCUUUUAAUAAGAAAUAUAUUUAUCACUGUAAUAAUUAGUAUUGUAUAAACCAGCAUACGUAAAAACAACAGCCUAAAUAAUUAUUAAUGGGAAUUGAUACAUGGCGACAAAAUUAAAUAAAUAUAACUUGAUUUGUAUUGAUUCCGUUAACUUUGGGAUACAAAUCAGACGAAAAAGUAGUUACUUUAAAAUGUGUCUGUUCUAAAAUAGACCUUGGAAACUGAAUUGGUGUACAUACAGGCAAUAUGAUUCGGAUAAAGAGUUACUUCGUAUUAACUCUCGUGUCAGGACAUGCAAAAGUAAAGGACUCUGUAAAGCGAAAAAACAUGGAUUUAAAGAAAGUAUUGGUUAAGAAAAAAAUAUGUUUCAAUUGGAGACAGGUUCGGAAAGCGGUUGUUAGGUGAUUAUAAAUUACCAUUAUGUACCAAAGGAAUAUUUACCCAAAAGUUAACGGAUAUCAAAAACAACGUGACAUACGCGACCUUAAAAGACAAAUCCAUUGGACAACAUAAAUCAUGAAUUUGUGUAACCCAACAAUUGGAAAAACAAAUCGGACAAGACAUUAUCCUGACCAAUUUAUAUACUCGUAGUUAAUGAUCACAUUGAACAAUAUUUAUCACGGUAACUUCUAUAUUAUUAACAAACAUUAACACGUUUAGUAUAUAAUUUGGUCAUAGUGCACAAAGAAAUGAUCUGCACAAGUUAGCAAGUGGUCGCUAUAUUCGACACACAUAUACACUUCCUCUCUACGCCUACUUCCUAAUACUUACACAAUGUAUACCUAUGGAUUGCUAUGUAUGUACCUACAGGAUGAAUACUAUGGAUUACCUAUAGUAACAAGGAACGGUGACAACGUUAUCAUAACGUUUUGUAUAAAGUCUGAUUGUAAAUAUUUAUAGUACACUAUACUUCUUCAGGUGUUUUUACAGAUGAAUUUUAUGGUUUGAGCAGGUACGUAGAUACCUACACUAUGUAGGUACUCCAUACACUUCUUCGAUUUGUAACUUUGAAUUUCAGUGGUCUUACUUUAAAAUUUAUCUGCAAAAAUACCCGAUGUAUAAUAUAUUUUCGCUGAAAAGCAUCAAUGUUUUGAAAUUGUACCGGUUUACAUUUUCAUCGUAGAUAUGCGAAUGGUCAAAGCAGUAUCUACUGUAACAAUAAUUAUAUACUUACCUGUCUAUAAACAAUAUACUUAUUAAAAUAUUCCAUUUAUAACUCGAAACAUAUUUUUAAAUAGAAAAUUUUUAAAGUUUGGUAAUUUUACAAUAAAUAAAAUAAAUACAACAAAAAGUUUUAUAAAUAAAGAUAUCUAUAUUUUGAACAUUUCGUAGUUGAAAAUAAUAUCAAACCAAAUAUCACAAAAUAAAAAAAAAUAUUUAUAAAAAUAUAUAAGGCAUAUUCUACAUUUAUGAUAUUUAAAAUUAUUCUACAUACAGUAGUAACAAUUUACAUGUUUGUUGUUAGUUACCUAUAAUAAUAAUAUCACGAAAUUUGGUGCCGUGAGAAUGGGAACAAGAAAAAUAAUAUUUCAUUUAAAUGUUGGAAUAUUGAAGAUAUUUAUGAGAUUUGUAACAGAAAGUUAAUAAAAAAAAGAGAUAUUGAGUAUAGUAAACUUUCUUUCCUAUCUACAUGAGUCAGUGCUGACUGUUGUUAUUCGACGUAGAAAAGGAAUGAAAUAUUUUGAUAUGAAGAUUUGCGCGAUGCUUUGUAUAAUUGUUGCUGAAAUGUUAUUUUUCUUGAAAUGAAUUUGCAAACUUGUUCGGAAUUUUUGAUUGUAUCUACUGUCACAUGGCUCUACAUGAGUUCUACGAUAUAUUUCAGUAGAGUUAAGAAAAUUAUAAAACUAUUAGUUAGAGCGGAAAUUCCGCUGCGGAAUUAUAUUAUCCGAGCAAAAUUCAGUGUUCUAUAUUACUGCGGUAUAUAGGUGUUUCGUCGUUUAAAGCAUUCCACUGUUAGCCAAUUGAAAUAGUAAAUUCAGUCUAUACAAAAUAUUUAAUCAUCUCGAUGUUUUUCAAUAAUAAUCAGUCAGUAGAUUUGCAUGCAUAUAAAUUAUGUUUAAUUUAUUUGUAACAGAAUAUGGCAUUUAUCAAAAUAGUGAAACAAUGGUAUUAUUACGUAAAAAUACUCCACUGUCUGUUAUUUCUGUGUAUAAUAAAAUUAUUAAAACUUA